GGUGAAUCAUCUGAGGGGUGAUGACAGUAGGGUAAUGUUUUAUGCUCUGGCCAAGGUGACACCAACCAAGGACGCCACUACAGCUAUGUCACCCCAGAACCACGAGCAAGUUGUGUCUCAAGCAGUUGCCAAUAGGUAUCAAAAUGCUGAGAAGACGAAGAUGGAUGUCUUAACCGCUCUACACAACUAUCGAGGACUAUCACCCAAGCUCGACAAAUUUGUUUUUAAUGAUGGCAGCGAUCGAGAGUUGUUGAACCUAGAUGGGACGAUCCCAGUACGUUACAAAGUAUUCCGCAGUGGCACUUCACGCUACUUACUGUGUCUUGAAGGCACGAUACCUGUUACGUAUAAAGGUGCCGUUUACAACAUACCAAUCUGCAUAUGGCUGUUGGACAACCACCCCUUCUCCUCGCCUAUGGUUUAUGUUAAGCCCACUCCCGACAUGCUCAUCAAGGCCUCCCGUCACGUCGACCAGAACGGCAAAGUUUACCUCCCGUACUUACACGAGUGGAACUUGAAUUCCUCAGAUUUGCCAGGUCUUAUUCAGAUCAUGAUCAUGACCUUCAGCGAGAUGCCACCAGUGUAUUCCAAGCCCAAGAGUGCCCAGCCCACCACAGGAGGCCCAUACCCAACCCCAUACCCCACCAACCCCCCAGGAUAUAUGCCAAUGCCUGGAGGAGGUCCAAGCCUACCAUACCCUGCAGCUCAGCCCACCGGUACUGGAGCUUAUCCAUCUUACCCAGCUCAACCAGGCUAUCCACCCACCAGCACGCCGUAUCCCGUCUAUCCACCAACCAGCUCGGCGGGUUAUCCUUCCACCCAGCCCGGGCCUCCUGCUGCUUAUCCUCCACCAUACUCAGCGAUGCCGUACACGCCAUACCAUAAUGCUACGCCAAGCCUCACGACACAGCCCACAGCAACUGAGACGAAUACAACAGCAGCCGGAAACACUGGCACCAUAACAGAAGAACACAUCCGAGUGUCACUCAUCUCGGCUGUGAGUGACCGAGUCCGGGCCAAACUGCGUGAUAGUUACGGGGGUUCUCAGGCUGAGGUGUCUGUAUUGAGGCAACAACAGACUGACCUUAACGAGGGGAAGACCAAGGUGGAGGGACUCAUCAACAAGUUAGAACAAGAGCAGUCUGAACUGGACAAGAAUGUGAGAGUUCUGCGGGAGAGAGAAGCCGAGAUCAAGUCUGUGUUGUCGCGACUCUCCUCUGCCACCGAGGCUCCUGAUGUAGACGAGGCUGUCACCACUACCGCUCCCCUCUACAAACAGCUCCUCAAUGCUUACGCCGAGGAUCAAGCGACACAGGACGCCAUAUACUACUUGGGAGAAGCAUUGCGGCGAGACGUGAUCGAUUUGGAUUCCUUUUUGAAACACGUCCGUUCCCUCUCUAGGAAGCAGUUCCAGCUGCGUGCGACAAUGAUCAAGUGUCGGGCCAAAGGCAACAUGGCCGGUUAAGAUGCUCACUAUAACACAAUGCCAGUUAGGAGGAAAACAUCCCCUAUGUCUCACUGAGAAGCAAAUCUAAUGAAAAUUGUCUGAUGUUUCCUGAAAUAAUUUUCAUAAUUGUUCGUCACAUUUAUAGGAAGACGUUUAUGAUUAAGUAAUCAACAUCGCUAUAUAUCUUCAUUCAGUGUGCAUAUUACUAAGACAUGAAGGUUAGCCACUUUAUGAAGUACUGUAUGACAGGUUUUGUGUUAUGGGCACAUAAUUAGCCAGUGAUUGCAAUAUCAGUGUUUGUAUAUCACAACAGUUCUUCAGUCACUGAGGUCUUCAGUAUUAGUAUAAUAGAUAUUUAAUUAGUGGCCAUUGUAUUUAUAUCAAUUGACCAGCCACAUUCAGGAGUUAACAUUUUUGUUGAUUAAGUUGGGACUGAGAGACAAGUUUAUUCUUUAUACAUUAGGCAGCAUUUGUUUCUGGGCGACAAAAAAUUAAAUUUGCCUUAACCUUAAACAGAUAUAUUAAUUCUGAUAUUAGAUGAAUUGUUAACUUUUAUUUUACCAUUGAUGCAGGAAAAUGUUAGUACUGUAUUGCCCAUUAUUUUCAUUGUCUGCUGGCGAGAGUAGUGAAUACUGUACUGUACUUUUGAUGUUGAAAAAUUCCUAAAGAAUUUGUUUAAAAAAGUUUAACAAAGCGCAAUGAAAAUUAUGCCAGUGUCCACUAUUGUGUGCCGCUUCAUUUGACGGGUCUCGUUAUACUGUAUAGGGUACUGAUUGGUGUAAACAAUGUGACGCAAUAAGCUUCUCAAACAUGACAUUAUACAGUACUAGUUUGCUGAAAUCAUAUUGUUGGGAAUGAGUGUGGAUUAUACCUUAUUGUUAUGCAAUGAAGAGAAAUUUGUAAUUAUGUUUGAUAAGUACUUGAGUGCUUAUCUGUAAGUGUUAAUCUGGGAUCAAUACAGAUUAAGAACUUGGACGUCAAGCUGUUCAUCACAAUAAUUUGAGGAGUCACAAUUUUUUUUUUUUUUAUUAUUAAUGUGUGUUUUGUAACUAAAAUAAGUAUUUCUUGUAUGGGAUAGAAGCUUAUUAGUGAUUUAAGAUAUCAUAAAUUGUUGUAAGGAACUAUUAUUAUGAAUUGUUUUACACAUAAAUGGCUUCACAAUUGACUAUUUAUAAUGCACUGGUAUAUACCCCAACCAGCACUGUUACUUGCUUGUGAUGCUGUACAUGAGUGAGUGUCUUAGUUAUGUAACCGUUGAACCUUCUUGCUGAGUUACCUUCAUGGAGUGGCAAGUGUAACAAGAAUCUGAGAGAAGGUUAUUCAUAAGGUACACAUGUGAUGCACUUGAGGAAUGUUGCCACUACACUCGAGUAAUAUUUACACUUUGUUCACUUGUCUGAGGCUCUUGUAUGUAAGAGAAGGAUAAAUAGUACAGGCUGUGGCAGAACAUUGAUUUAAAAUGGUGGGCAAGUGGGUGUAGUGAGCCAAUGGUGGGUAAGGGGGUGCAAUGAGCCAAUGGUGGGCAAGAGGGUGUAGUUAGUCUAUGGAGGGGGGGUUCUCAGUACAUGUGUGCUAGUACAGUACCAAGAGGUGGCAGAAAUUUUCGGGAUCUUUCUAGCUCUCGGUAGGGUGUAUUAGCUACAUGGGACAGAGCUCCCUGGAACCUCAGUAGCAGGUACCUCAAGGACAACUCAUGUCUCUGUGAGAAUAGCUUUAACCUGCACGGGAGAGAUGGGCCUACAUCAGGUAUGCCUUGUGAUCAAUGUGCUGCUGCAUAUUCCAAGCUCACUGUCCAGGUCAUGUACUUUGGUGAGUGCAUGACAUGUAUAUAUAGCAGUGAAUUGGAGCUUCACUGCUCAUCAAUUCUGCUGAAAACUUAUGUUGUUUUAUGCCUGUCCCUAGUUUUGAUGUUUAUGUAUUAUAUAAAGGCAAUUAUCCAUAAUUUUCUUUUGUAUAUAUUAGUUUUAAGAGAGAAGUUUGAAAGUCUGGAAACUAAUUGAAAUAAAACUAUAAAUUACAUCUGUUCCUGAUAUAUUACUUUUAUAUCUAUUGAAUUUAUGGUUGGUCCAUUUUAGAAAUUGGGUUGAACAUACUCUUAGCCACAAGCAUGUUGGAGAAUGACUGACCAGCUAUAGACAGGCAGGUUGUGAGACAGACCCACAAACCUUGGAACGUCAUCAUCAUCGUCAUUGUCAAUAUUUAAUGCUCAUUUUCCAUGCUUGUUUGGGUUAGCCUAAUAUUCUGCACAGUUGUUAAUGUUAAAUAUAGGCUUAAUGAAACAGAAUUCCUAAAUUUUAAUAUACAAGGAUACCCAUUUAAAAUUUUGGGCAUUCUCUUUUGACAACCCUGCUGCCACGGUGUAUGACUGGCUGUAUGAAGCAAUACACCACACUCAAGGAAGCAGUUGUUCUGGUCAAAUCAAGGAAGAAUACUGUAAUCCUUUCAAGUCAUUAAAUUAAUAUACUACUCAACAUUGCUGGAAUUUAUAAAGUUGUACAUUUUCCUACAGUAGCCCAGUAAGUCGAGUGUUAUUUAUUUUUGUUUUAUUUUUUAGGAUUUUUCUUUCUGUAUGGUAUUAUAUAUCAUUUGAAAAUAUCCCUUUGUUUUCUUAUGUCAGAUUUAUUUCCCAGGGUGUAAGAUGGACUGAUAAUUUUUGUCGGUAGCUUUAGUUUUCUUAAUGUUUUCUUUCUUCUCUUUAAUGUGUAUGACAGUGCUGUGGUAUCCAUUGCCUUUGUGUGAAAAUGCACUCAUUUUUUAUUAGAGUUACACAGAAUAUGAGUAUUUUCUUUCUAGGUAGAGAGCGAGAGAGAGAGAGUAUUGAGCACAAAGGUUACCGCGCCAUGUAAGGAGUUGGAGUAAGUGGUUUAACGUCAUCACGUCUUUAUAACUUUUCUUCGGGUGAUCAUUGAAUGCUCAUAUUUAGCUUUGUAAAUACUAUGUCACACUCGAGAACUAUGACCUGCGUACUUUAUAAUCUGUUACACGAAGGACUGUUGUAAAGUUUUUCAGGAUUCCCUCCUAGAUGUAGAGCUGUAGGUCAGGUAGGUUUUCUUCACAUUAUUUGGUCACAGAGACAAAUUUAUGGUAGGUUUAUAAUAUUGCAAGUGUUUGGUACUUUGUUGAGUACUGCAACUGCCAUUAAUUACUAUGGCAUGGGUUAUCAUUGGAUGGCGUUUGCAUGUGCCAUUACAGUAGUUAACUAGGCAAGGGUUAUACUAGUUUUUAUAUUGCAAGUGCCACAGGUUAAUUAGACAGGAUAAAAAUUUGUUUAUUAGUAGUUUGCAAGUGCUAUUGGUUAAGUUGGCAAGGGUAGUCAAUAGUAAUGUCAAACCUUCAGUUGUAUAAAGAUAUCUGUAUAUUAUGAUACCCUACCUGUUGUAUCACCCUCAGGUCAGUAAAGGCUUACCAGUGUCCUUUACAUGGCUUCAAAUGGUAGAAUGGGGUGACUGGUGUGCCUCUUACGGAUGGCAGUGAUGUAUUUCUAUUUGAAGAACCAAAUUAUAACUCCAACUCAGGUGAAGUAACUGGUCCUAGAAUGCAGAUGACAUGUUCACAGGCUCGGUCAAAUGUAUCAUUAGUUGACAAAAGGUAAGCACAUACACUAUUCCAGCAUCUAGAUAUACCAUGCAAGUACUUGAGUUUAUCCUGUUGGAGGUACAGUAAAGUAUUGAGUUUUUUUGUCAUCUCUUCCAAGCUUCUUCCUUAUCUGCUGUAAGUAUACUGAAGCCAAGACCAACACACACACUUCCUCGGUCUUCAAUUCCGGCUGCUUAGAAUGAAUUAUUUCCUUAUUUAAUCAUUUCCAUCGUGUAUCACUGCUUUUUCAUUAAUCAACAUUUUCUUUUAUACAUAAGGAUUAUUAUACAGAAGUUGAAUUUUCACUCAAUAUCACUCGUGUCUUAUACUAAAUUCCAGUUGCCUUAUUUACAUUAACCUCUGUGGACAAAAACUUUUCUUCCCUCUAACAUACUUUAUUUACAUUAACCCUCAAUGACGUAACUUUUUCUUCUGUAGCAAAUUUUGUCCGCUUAUCUAGAGAACAAGAGAUUGAAACUAGGUGUAGAAUUAAAGUCAAUUAGUUCUCUAGGUCAGUCUAAGGUCACCAAAUGGUCAAAAGGUCAAAGAAGGUGGUUUAAAAGGAGACUAUAAUGAUUGUCUACAGUCAUACAUCUAGUCAUUCUCCAGAACAUAGAAUCACAUACCUAUCACUAACUCAAAAUUCUCAUCACCGAACCUUUUUAAUUACUGUACAUCCAUUUUGUUGUUUUGUCUUACCCACUUGGAGGAGGAGUCAAAACAAUGAAUCAGUCAAGUCAGUAUGGUAUAUGGGGAAGGGAAAGCCUGUUGCGUCGAGGUGUCCAUUAGAUGUGAAAGCUCCAUCUAACGGAUUACUGCCUAAGAAGGUAGAAGUCCGUUGUGUGGAGGUUUCAUUCUACUGUAUACCUGUAUUCUAUGUUACUGUAUACUGUACCUGUAUUCUUCUAUGGUACUGGAUAAUACUUUUGAGAUAUUACUGUAUAACUGUAUAUUCCUCUUACCUGUAAUUCACCAUGAUUUAAAAAGACUGAGGCAACUUCUAAUAGCCAAAAACACAUUCAGAAUUUCACCUCGGAUUCGUAUGUUCAAUAUUCCUCCGAUAUUCGGUUGUACUGUUGGGCUGUUAAGGUUAGUCUUGUGCUCUUUCAUAUACAAGAAGAUUUGGAAACUAAUGCCUGUUGUAGAUAAGGAGUUUAAUAGGAUAUUAGGAGAAUUAUAGUACAGUAUAAGGAGAAAUAUUAUAGUACAGUAUAAUGAGAAAUAUUAUAGUACAAUAUAAGGAGAAAUAUUAUAGUACAGUAUAGGGAGAAAUAUUAUAGUACUUAAAUGGAGAAAUAUUAUAGUACAGUAUAGGGAGAAAUAUUAUAGUGCUUAAAUGGAGAAAUGUUAAGGUACAGUAUAAGGAGAAAUAUUAUAGUUAUGGUGCAAUACAGAAUAAGGAGAAAUAUUUAUACUGUAACUAACUGCCUGGUGUAAAUGUCAUCUGCAUUGUGGGGUUAAGUUUGUAUCGGGCCAUGAUACUACAGCAGCGAUUUCUUAAAUGUCCAGAACAAGUUGGUGCUGUAACCGAACUACAGGAUGCAUUCGAAAUAGACUUUACCGAAUGCGCAUUGUGGGAGAUAACCUAACCAUAUUUAGACUAGAUGACACUUCUCAAAAAUAUACAUAAAACCCAAUAAAUUUCUACUUUUAUUUUUAAUUGAAACUGAACAUAGGAGCAAAAAACUUACAGAAAUCUUAUAUACCCAGGUAACAGGUCUAAUAAAGUCGUAUACAGUAAAAAAACUAUUUAACCGACUAUACGGAGAGGAAAGUUCAUUAUAUCGAGGGUCUGUUAGAUGUGAAAUCCCCAUCUAAUGAUUAUUUGGGGAGAGAAGUCCAUUAUAUAGGGUCUUACUGUAUAAGUGGAUUUGUUAUAUAUGACCAGGUGAAAAAUAUAUGUUCUGAACCAUCUUGUAUACCUGCUGUACUUUAUAACCAGGUAACGGAUACUUGUGUGAUUAACGACAGGUAUAUGUAUGUUUAACUUAUACAUACAUAGUCUACCUAUUGUAUCUGAGGAUCAGGUAUCAUGAAUUAUCAUACAUAUGUUCACUUGUUGUACUUUAUGGUGAAGUAACAUAUAUAUGUAUGAUGAAUUAUUAUAAAUAGUAUGUUGAUCUGCUAUGUACAGUAGCUAAAACAACCACCUGUGUAUACUUUGUGGGAAACGUGUGAGACCAUGGACAAUAAAUUUUGGUAUAUGAGGGCUGUCACUAGUCACACGUAACAUUUCGGAGCACAUCGACCCCAACCUGCACAGAUAGUUGUUUUUUUUUAGCUAUUGUUUAUAAUGGAUUAGUAGCAGGUAUGUCAGGUGUACGCUGAUCGAGAUCUGACAGUCAGGAAAGUGAUAGCCCAGAUAUGUGUUGUAGGUUUUUUGUUUUUCAUUACCAAGAUGACAUAGAGUAGAAAGAUUUAGACAAUACAGAUUUACUUUGAUGAAACACUGCUCUUAUAUAGGUAGAUAGUACACACAGAGUUACACUUGAGUUAAAUCAAAACACCUCAUGUUAAAGCCUAUAUGGACCUUCUGUGAUUGGUAACAUAUGGUUGAACCUAUUUUAAUUAUUAAAACACUGCUGUUAUUCAUGUAGAAACAUCUAUCACCAAUAUUAUUAUGAUAUUGUA